UUUGACUCGGAACAUUUUUGGUUUCAUAUCGGCAAGUUGAUGUUUGAGGACGUGUUUAUUGAAAACUGCAAGCUGAAACUUUGAACUCAAGAGAUCACAUAGUGUUCUUGACUGAAUAUGGAAGAACUAAGGCAUCAAGUUAUGAUAAACCAGUUUGUUCUUACAGCCGGAUGUGCGGCAGACCAAGCAAAGCAGCUUCUACAAGCUUCACGCUGGCAGUUUGAGACUGCUCUUAGUACUUUUUUCCAAGAAGCUAAUAUUCCUUACAGCCAUCAGAUGAUGCGCACUCCAUCCAACACCCCCGCAACACCCCCCAACUUCCCAGAUGCACUAUCUAUGUUCUCCUGCCUGAAAGCCUCUGAAAGCUUCGGGAACAGUAGUCCAAUUGCUUCAAUGGCUACAUCUCCAACUCCUCACGUCAACUGGGUCAUGAGCCCUCCAGCAACCACUGGUCACCAGGGACGAUGGACUCCAUGUCAGAUCGCAACACAGACGGCAUCACCGGGCUGGCCAGCAGCUGUAACACAGCAAGCCUCCACUGAGCAUGCUAGUAUUGCCAUUGGGGCAGAGAGAUAGAGACUACUUUAACUAUCCAUCACACCUUACGGGAAGAGGAGGAUGGUUGAUUUUGGCAGUUGUGCACAGUGGAUAUCGAACAGUGCAGCGAGAGCGCUGAUUGGAUGUAAUUAACAGUAUGGGAGAUCCAUGGUAGCACUGAUGGUACAGCUCAUGGCCACUCUUCUGAGGACACAGGAGAUUUGUUUUAAAUGAGACUGUUUUAAAAUGAUUUAUUUGUUGGCGAUUACCAAAAAGAUGGACAAAAUGAGUAAAUAUGUCGCAUAUUCUAAGAGAACCUCAAAUGAAUGAAUGUGUUAAUCAGUCAUUUUAUUCUCUUCUAUUUCAGCAGUUCUCAAUUAAUGGUUAAUACACAACACUAUUUUGCACUGUAUACUCAAACCCUGCAGUGACUUGAGAUUAAAUGGCUAGUUCGACCAAAAAUGAUCAGUGACGCUUUAUCAGCUGCCAUUGUAUUGAAAAGAUGGACUGUGAUAUGAAAAUGAAACAAAGUCAUACAGUAAUGUAAAUGAGGCUAGAAUCAUAUGAACCAUCCCUUUAAUGGACAGGAUUUACUGCAGUAAUCAUAUGAUCUUUCCAGACUGGUUUGUAAUUAUUGACUUCCUUAUAACGCUCUAUGAUGCACUGAAUUAAUUUACAUUUUGUAUGAUUAGAAUAAAUGGAAGGAAUUUCAUGGCCAAAAAGAUUUCUACAUCUGACAUUCACAUCUGAACAUUGAAUUCAAUGGUUAAUGGCGUUCAGCACUUAAAACACAGGCCUGUUUUAUCACAAAUCCCUAUUUUAUUAUAUACAGCAAAAAUGUUUUCCUAAUAUUUUUUACCCCAAUGAUCAUCUCCCUGUAUCUGUGUUCACGAUGUCUCCACAAUAUUUGUGGACUACGUGAUGGUUACCAUUUCCUACUA